AGGUGGAUUAGAGAGACGAAAAUUUAUCGUCACUGUACCAAAAAAAAUUAAUCGUCACAACAACCCAAGUUACCCAAUGCCAUUCCUUGUUAUCUUUUACUUUUUGGUUGGAAGGGAAAAGGGAAAGACAUAAUUGAGACGGUACCAGAUCGCUCAUUUGGCUCUACAGAAGAAACAGGCAGGCAGCUGAAAUUGCAUUUCUCUUCACAUGACUGGGGGUUUCAGCUGGGAGAGUAUACUUGAAUAUGUCUCGAGUUACGACCCCCGAGACUCCGGCGUUGAUUCGGCCUGCGCUGGUUUUGCCAGCACUGGUUUCGCCCUCUCAGCUUUACUCUCCGGAUACUCGACUGCAAAAUAUGGAUAUUUAGGUUACUUGGUUUUGUUCAUCCAAAAGCAAGGAAAACUCGGUGUCAGACCUUCAGUGAUCUCUGCGAAUUUCCAAAAAGGAUUAGGGGCACUUUUUCGCGUUGUUUUGGUAUACAUGGCAAAAUCCCGCAUAGGUCUCGCCAGAAUGACUCUCUACACCUAUGCAACUUUCAUCUCUGGUUCUCAGCUAUUGUGGGUUAGUCCAUCCAAGAGGAGCUACCGUCGGCUUUUUCUGGUUGCACAGCUAUCAAUGCUGGGAGCGGGUUACGCUGGUGAAGGUUCUACUAGUUAUUUAUUCAAUACUCAGCUUAAAAAAGCCGACGACAAGUUACGGAAAAGUCCAGUGAGCAAUGGCCGGCCGGCGCCAACAACAACCGGUGAUAAAGAUCCACUUCUGAUAGAAAUUUCGGUACGAGGAACUCAUCAGAAAACAAUCCGAGAAGCCCGAGAAGUAUUACGCACAUUUUGCUAUCAGGAGUUAAGUUGGACAGAGAAAGAGAUUAGCGGAACCGGUCCACAGGACACAGUGGAAGAGAUGGAUUCUGUGGCAAGACAGCUACAGAGGGAAAAUGCGAGAAAAUUGAGGAAUCGUGUAAGAAAAAAGUUAUUUGCUGCUAAACUUCCAGGGACAAUCUUGGGUACAGUGCUUGCAGCAGUGUUUUCUACCGAAGUUUUCAUCAAGAUUUCAACAGCAGUGACGGUAAUCAGUUAUAAUUUGUUCUUCUGGAUGGGUGCUCGAUAUUACGACCUUGGUGAAAUGGAGAAUCAUGAUAAAAAGGAUGAAGAGAAAAUUGAUGCAAAGGACAAAAAGAAAAUUCUGGAUACCGUUUCAGAGUUAAAGAAAGCUGUAGAAGCGGCAGUAGAAACGGCAGUAGACGCGGUUCUACAACGAUUACUUUCCUUGCCAAAAUUUAUAUUUUACGAACCCAAAGUGGCCAAAUCUACAUGGGGUGAAAACAAAUCUGGUGAAAAGGAGAAACAAGAUAAAAAGGAUGAAGAGAAAAUUGAUGGAAAGGACGAAAAGCAAAAUCCGAAUGCCUUAGUUCCAGAGCUAAACCAAGCUAUUAUCUGGUUAACAUUCGCAUCUACAUGUUAUCUGGUUAAUGCAACAGCUGACACUUUUUUCAUGGAACAAGUUGCUUAUCUAGAGAACAACACCGUAAGCUUCAAAAUUCCUACAUCCGUUUUCUAUUCCUUUCCCGAUUUUGUCUCCAUCAUAACCGCGCAGGUGAGCUAUUAUCUAGUCGAGCACUGCCAUGAUGAAAAGAAAGAAGCGCGGUGGGCUAGGCUCCUCAGAAUCAGCAUUGGUAUGCUUUUUUCCUCUUUGUGUUGCAUAGUAGCUUCUCUGGUUGCUUACAGAUUGGAGUCCAAUUAUAAUUCCGCCAGCAUGUUGUGGCUUCUGCCCCAAUUCCUCCUGUGGGGAAUGAUGAAAGGAAUACUGGAAGAAGGGAUAGAAGAAAUUCUCGAUGUCCAUCUAGACAAAGACUUACUGGUUCUAGCAGUGUGCGGAACCGCGGAUGCUGUAGGGAACUUUCUCAGUAUGAUACUCACAGCAGCUUCUCCAAGCAGCUGGCGGGUUGGCAGUGGCAGUGACAUUAGCAAAAUUCAUCUUGACAAUUACUAUCGCAUGCUAGCAAUUAUAACCUUAUCCUCCACAUUUGUGUUCACCAUUGUUGCCAUUGCCUAUGAAUUACGUGACAAAGAGGAUAAGGAAAAGAGUGGGAAGAAGGGCUGAAGUUCUCCUGGUAUUUUUGUAAUUAAUUUUCUGUUUUGGGUAUUUUGUGCUUGACUGUUUCUUUGGAUGGUUUCUUAGAUUCCUUGUGCAUUUGUGUAUUAAGCUAUACUUUGUUUCUUUGUGUUGUAUAAUGAUGUAAUUGGAAAAGAUUGUGUUUCUCUGUUGCCAUGCACUAUGUUGCUGGUGUGUUAGCCUUUAACCUCCAAGUUGAAAAUUUCUGUUAUAACUACAUUUGAGAAUAAUAAUAUCUAUCUUCA